GGCAGGAACUCCUCUGGCGCCCCGAAUAGCACCCUGAGUGAGUCUCAGGGCAGCGCCAUCCUCAUCUCAUUCAUCUACUCCGUGGUGUGCCUGGUCGGGCUGUGCGGCAACUCCAUGGUCAUCUAUGUGAUCCUACGCUAUGCCAAGAUGAAGACGGCCACCAAUAUCUACAUCCUCAACCUGGCCAUCGCAGACGAGCUGCUGAUGCUCAGCGUCCCCUUUCUGGUCACUUCUACCCUGCUGCACCACUGGCCCUUUGGCUCUCUGCUCUGCCGCCUGGUGCUCAGUGUGGAUGCUAUCAACAUGUUCACCAGCAUCUACUGCCUGACUGUGCUCAGUGUGGACCGCUACAUUGCUGUGGUGCACCCCAUCAAGGCGGCCAGGUACCGCCGUCCCACUGUGGCUAAAAUGGUCAAUCUGGGUGUCUGGGUGCUUUCCAUCCUGAUCAUCUUGCCCAUCAUCAUCUUCUCCAACACAGCAGCCAACAGUGAUGGAACAGUGGCUUGCAACAUGCUCAUGCCAGAGCCCACUCAGAGGUGGCUGGUGGUCUUUGUGGUCUACACUUUUCUGAUGGGUUUCUUGCUACCUGUGGUGGCCAUCUGCCUCUGCUACAUCCUCAUCAUUGCCAAGAUGCGUAUGGUAGCCCUGAAGGCUGGCUGGCAGCAGCGCAAACGCUCUGAGCGCAAGAUCACCCUCAUGGUCAUGAUGGUGGUGAUGGUCUUUGUCAUCUGCUGGAUGCCCUUCUACAUCGUGCAGCUGGUCAAUGUCUUUGUCGAGCAGGAUGAUGCCACCAUCAGUCAGCUCUCUGUCAUCCUUGGCUAUGCCAACAGCUGUGCCAACCCCAUCCUCUAUGGCUUUCUCUCGGACAACUUCAAGCGGUCUUUCCAGCGGCUGCUCUGCCUCAGUUGGAUGGACAAUGCUGCAGAGGAACCCAUCGACUACUAUGCCACUGCCCUCAAAAGCAGAGCAUACAGCGUGGAGGACUUUCCCCCAGACAACUUGGAGUCAGGGAGCAUGUACAGGAAUGGCACUUGCACCUCCAGGAUUACCACCCUCUGAGGAAGCAUUCCCUGCCCGCAGCAGGAGGGUGAGCAAGUCCAGGGCUGUGG